AUGGCAGCACCCUUAACUAAGCUGCUACGUAAGGGUGUACUGUUUGAUUGGACUGAUGCGCAGCAAGAGAGCUUUGAGACGCUCAAGACUGUAUUAACUGAGGCCCUUGUUUUGAUAAGCCAGAACCUAGAAAGGAGUUCACGGCAGAAAUCUUAUUCAGAUUUGAAGAGAUAUGAAAUUGAGUAUUCUGUAGGGGACUUAAUAUUUCUCAAGGUCUUGCCAUGUAAGAAGUUGGACCUACCUCUAGAGCUAGACUGCAUUCAUGAUGUGUUUCACGUCUCAAUGUUGAGGCGCUACCGAUCUGAUCCUACUUAUAUUGUCCCUAUUAAGGAGAUUGAGGUUAGGCCAGACUUGACCUUUGAGAAGGAGCUGAUUCAGAUUUUGGAUCAUGAUGUUAAGGUUAUGAGAAGGAAAUCUAUUCCACCGGUGAAGGUUCUAUGGCGUAAUCAUAGCACUGAGGAGGCCACGUGGGAGCUUGAGGAUGCGAUGCAUCAGUAG